GAGUUGUGCUGACUUAUUAUGGUGCGGCGGCCCCGGAUCCAAUAUCGUACCUAAUUAACCCCACUUUAUUGCCGCCGGGAACUCUAUAUUAUUCCGAUAGACGGCUUGAGGAGUAUACGAUUAUGCACAGGCUCUUUUGGGGUUUUAACAGUCAUAUACCCUCGCAAGCUCGGGUUUGCUCCAAGAUUUUCAACAGUUACAUACCUUCGCAAGUUCGGGUUUGCUCCAAGGUUAUCCUUUUUAGGAACCCGUAUAUAGUAAGCAUCAACUCCUUCGCUAACCUGUUUUUGUUUAAGCGCCAUAUGAGUCUUUCCUUUAUCGAUGCCUUGUUGUUGUUGUAAGAUUUUGUUAUAAAACUGCAGAUCGAUCGCCCUUUCUCUUGUCUGUCGUCUCAUUUUCCAACCACUCUCACUCGUCCAAGUAGCUCGGAGGAAAAUUCCAAUCAUUAUGAAGUUCGCAAGUAUUUCCUCAACCGCCGUGGCGACUCUCGCCAACUUGGCCACGGCCAUGCCAACCGAAUCCAAAGUGUCAGAACGCACACAGCCCGGUGCCAUCUCCCUACUAGUUCACAGCUCUGGCUGCGGUCUUCUUGGCUGCCGCUACGAUUUCUCGUUGAUUGCGCAGGACAAUUACGUGCCAGGGAUUAACGGUUUCAAUGUCAACUGUGUCACGUCUGUCAUGACCGAUGGACAAACCGGAGGUUGCAACUAUUCACCCACCAAUCAGUUCGUCUCGUACGAAUUUACCGUCAAGUACCAGGAGGCAACAAAGAUUACCAUCCACCACGAAAUCAACGGGACCGUGGUUGCCACCGCAAAGGGUGACUGGAAUGCUGGGGGGUUGGAGGUCCCUAUUCCCGUUGUCUCAUAAGCUGCUGUCACCGAAGGUGGACAGUCGGCAAUGGAAGAUGCAGGUUCUGGGCGGUGUUGCUACCGCACCUCGCGCCGGACUCGUCGCCUUUUAUUAAUAGUACACGCUUGCAUUCACUUAUUUUAUUCUCGUAAGGGAUUAAUACAUGGAGAUAUUAGUGUCAAUGAAAUCUAGUGGAACACGCU